AUGACGGGCGCUUCUGCAAGGAGCUCCUCUGCUCCCUUGCGUUCGACCGGCCGCUUCGCGGGCCGUGAGGUCGCGAGCGGUGCAGGUCCUCCCUCCGAGCUCCCUGACACCCGGCCACGGGUGAAGGCGCUACAGAAGGCCCGGCCUGGCGAGCCUGCUUACAUCCCGCCAGGUCAGGUCGCCAUAGAGAAGAAGACACCGCCCAUCCCGCCAAUUCAAGGACCAAAAGUGCGGACCGUGAAGGCCUCCCCCUAUGCGGCGGGCGGGUCCUCCGCCGCCCGUAGGCCUUUGGUCUCGCCACCCAUCCUGGAGCGGGGCGAGCUUCGUGAGAUGCGCCGCCUUCAACAGAACGUGCUUGGCACUGGGCGUGCCGCAGGAGUCUCCCUUGAGCAGGCCUCUGACUUCUUGAGCCCGUCAGGACCGGUGUCUGGCGGGCCUUUGGUCGCCGACCCGGUUCCUCCUCCUGACGAGGAGGAGGCGCCAAGAGCCGACGCACCAAUGCCUCAGGCGCCGGCUAGCCCUUCUCCUGAGCCUCAGGCUGAGGCCAUCGCCGAGGCAAAGGCCAAGGAGGAAGAGAUCACGGGGGCAUUCACUGCUGAAGGCCUGGGCAGCCACGGCGGGCCAAUGGCCACAGGCGAGGGCACAUGGACGUGCUCGUCCUGCGGGCUCAUCUUUGAGUCGCGGACCCAGUGCCUGUUGCGCAUGCGUGCAACUCACUUGGCACCGGAGCCUGAGGUGGUUUUUAAGCCACCGCCCGUAGGGUUGGCUGACCCAGAGACCCCGAAGCCGGCACCGGCAGCGGUUGCUCCGCCCCCGUCUGCGGGCGACAUCCGCCGCGACAGGGCGGACGCGCUGUACGUCUACCAGAAAGACGGUGCCUGGCGUUUGCAAAACCCGAACCAGCAAAGGAUGCUGGUCAAAAUCAAGCAUCUGGACCUUGCGUCUGUCCCCUACCUCACGGAGGGGAGCAGGGUCUUGCUUCUCACUGGGGUUGAGACCAGCUACGAGCCUGUCGCGGAGGCGGCGGGCAGCUCGUCUGUCGCCCCUUCCGGCGGAGGCUUCGACCGUUACGGCCAAGCUAAGGCAAGUGUUGCCAAGCCUUCGAAGAAGGCUAAGGGAAGUGUCGGCGGUGCGCUCUCCGGAGCUACUCCGGAUGAUACAGAUGAUGAGCAGGGGCUCAUUCCAGCAGAGCCUGCUCAGGAGGCGAAGUCGCGUGGCUCUGAGCAGCCUAAGACGCCUCCCAAGGGCUCUCGCCCACCGCCCAAGCUGCCGUCUGACAGCGCAGCCUGGAAGCCCAGUCUGAGGGGCGGUGAAACAGCGGACCGCUCUGAGUCUGCGCAGCGGCCGUCUAAGUGCAAGGCUGAGGCGGGCCGAAAGGUCGCCCGGACUGACCCUGCCCCGAAGGAGGCGGGCCAGCCGGCCGCCCCUCCGGCGGAGCGCACUACCCCUGUCUACAGAGGCAGGCGGUACGAGACAGGGUCCGGAAAGGACUUCCCGCUGGACUUGCGUGAGCAAGCCUCCUCUUCCUCAAGUGCUCCACGUAAAUGGGCGAAGGCGGUUGAGCCGAGCGAGCCGAUCCUUUUUGGAGGCCGCUCCAAAGACCGCCGCGACUACAGUCCUCG